UGGAGCAGCAGUCUCUCGUGCUGCCAAGUGACAAGUGCAACAAUAAUCGUUCACAUAGGGAAAACAAAAAAGAAAGGUAGAAGCCCCACUCUCCUUGUACGUACGACAGCAUGAUCGGCGGCGCCGCCAGGCCACCGACACCGCCGGCGGUCGUCGACAAGACGAUGUGCGCCGCGUGCGACAUCCUGAAGCUCCUACCGACAGGCACCGUGCUGGCCUUCCACGAGCUGGCGCCGUCCUUCACCAACCACGGCGGCGCGUGCGGCGCGGCCAGCCGGUACACCACCGCGGCGCUCAUCGCCGCCUGCACCGCGUCCUGCGUGCUGCUCUCCUUCACCGACAGCCUCGUCAGCCAUGUCGACGGCCGCCGCCUCUACUACGGCGUGGCCACCCUCCGGGGAUUCCGCCCGUUCAACUUCGAGGGGACGCGCGAGGAGAUGGAGGAGAGGUUCGGCGACCUCCCGGGGAUGAAGGUCAGGGCGCUGGACUUCGUGCACGCGCACGUCUCGGCGGUCGUGUUCGUCGUCGUCGCGCUCGGCAACGCCGACGUGCAGGGCUGCCUCUUCCCCGACGCCGGCACUGGCUUCACGGAGAUGUUCAGGAACCUGCCAAUGGGAUUAGGGUUGCUGGCCAGCAUGGUGUUCAUGAUCUUCCCUACUACCAGGAAGAGCAUCGGCUACACGGACAUGAUGCCGCACAAGGAAGACUACGGGAAAGGAGGUAAUAAUAUUCCUGGCCAGACCACGCCGUCGGUGUGAUGAAGUAAACAUAACAUGAUACUCCAUUUAUACUUUAUAGGAAGGUAUAAAUGACUGUACAGUGUAAAUCCGUAGUGGUGUGUAGAAGUUGGUAUAUAUAUUGGACAUAUAUCCAAGCAUGGAACUGUAGAAUGUACUCAUGUGGGGCUUUAAGCCCUCUUUCUUUAUAUCUAAACUAGCAUAUAUGUGGUGUAAAAAAAUCAUCGGAAAUUACAUAUAUCUCGCGCGUUGCAGCGGAAUU